CACAGACAAUCCUUCCCUCACCAAAUAUUCCCUUGACUCUCUCGAUCUAUCUUUCAUCUUCAUCUUCGUCAUCGUUUCCAAUUUCCGAUAUAAUCUGAUCAAAUCAUCGCCGACGAUCACCGAUUCAGCGAUGCAACAGGGAGAUUACAAUUCGUACUAUCACCACCAAUACUCUCAAUUUCAAAAUCCUACUCCGAAUCCUAAUCCUAAUCCCAAUCCUUCUCCGCCGGCGCCGGCAACCGUAGCUGGUCCGACCGAUCUUACUCGAAACACGUACGCAUCAGCGCCACCGUUCACCGGCGGUUACGGUUCCGCCGAUUACUCUAACUAUUCACAGAAUUACACUCCUUACGGGCAAAACUCUGAGCAUGUCCCUCCUUCAGCUCCUUCCUUCACUUCACCAUCACAACCUCCUCCUUCUCCGCCGGCGACAUCACUAAACCCUAAUUCUUAUUCAACCUUCAACCAACCACCACCUCCACCCACGAUUCAUCCACAACCUCUAUCCUCUUAUGGAUCAUUUGAUUCUACUGCUCCGUAUCAGCAACCUACCUCGCAACAUAUGUAUUACUCACCGUAUGAUCAGCAUCAAACCUCUGGCUAUUCAUCUGCGCCUCCUCCUUCAUCUGCGCCUGCGCCGAAUCCUAAUCCCGCGCCUUAUUCAUCAUCCUUGUACUCUGCACCUCCUUAUAGUAGCGGAGGAUCAUCCAUACCUCCUUCGUAUGAGAAACCGUCAGUGAAAUUUGAUCAAUCUGGUUAUGACGGUUAUAACCGGAGCAGAUCGGAUUUAGGAUCUGAUCUAUACGGAAAACGAUCUGAUAGCGGAGAAUAUCCUGCUUUUGAAGAUUCCUAUGGCGAUGGCGUUUAUGCUUAUCAAGGAGGCAAAGUUGAGCCAUACGGUUCUCGUGGAACUGCGCCGAAAUCAUCGAAUUCAACAUUGUUCGAUGAUUAUGGACGAUCCAUUAGCUUUUCUUCUUCAGGGAGAGAUUCUUCUGUUAGCUCGAAUUCUGCUAAGAUCGUGAGAGCUGUUCCUAAGGCUGAUGUGCAGGAAGAUUCCACUGGUGGUGUGCAGAAAUUUCGUGUCAAAUUGUUGGCUGAGACUUAUGGACAAACCACAACAGAUGUUCUUUGUCAGAUUGGUUUGGAUGGUCUUCGUAUGCUUGAUCCAAGUACUAGCCGAACUUUGAGAAUAUAUCCUCUUGAGAACAUCACAAGAUGCGAAAAACUAGAUUCGUCUAUUCUGGCUUUCUGGUCUAAGACUCCGGUAGACAUUGAAGCUAAACGUAUCAGAUUGCAAUCAAAUAGUUACACCACCAACACCCUUCUGGACACUGUGACGGCUGCAAUGUUUCAGGCCAAGGAGAUCGGGGGAAGUAGCAGGCCUCCCACCUCUGGAAAACUGAUUGAACAAACUGCUGAGAAGAAAAAAGGAUUGGGUGAUUGGAUGAACAUUAUAAAGCCUGUUAAUGAGGAGAAAGAUCAUUGGGUACCUGAUGAAGCUGUUUCUAAGUGCACAUCAUGUGGUUCAGAUUUCGGUGCAUUUAUACGAAGGCACCACUGCAGGAAUUGUGGUGACGUCUUCUGUGACAAGUGUACUCAAGGCAGGAUUGCUCUCACUGCUGAGGAUAAUGCUCCUCAAGUCCGUGUUUGUGACCGGUGCAUGGCAGAAGUGUCACAAAGGUUGAGUAAUGCCAAGGAAACCACUGGCAGGAAUGUGAGCCUGCAGAGCCAUGAAGACCUUGCUAGAAAGUUACAGGAGGAAAUGGAGAGAAACCGCAAGUCUUCGUCUGGUUUGAGGGAAGGAUCUGGGAGGCGGAUGAAAGAAGUAGCUUGUCCAACAUGCACUGUGCACUUACAGGUCCAGGUUCCAGUCUCAGGAUCAGAGACCAUUGAGUGCGGAGUUUGCCAAAACCCUUUCCUCGUUAGCGCACAUUGAUCUUCCUACCCGCUUUUUUGCUUGACAUAUAUAUCAAUUAUAAGUAUGAGAUUUGGUUCAUUUGGUUAUUGAAUUGGGUUUGAUCACAUCAAAAUAAGUUCUUGUCCUGUCUCAUGUGGAUGGUGUUUCCCCUUUGUGUGUAUAUGAAAGUCUUUUGAGUGAUGAACAUCUUAUACUUUUCAUGUAGUCUGUUGUCCUACUGAUGUCUGAUUGGUUAAUUUACUGUAUCAGUCCUCCAAUGUCAUUACUCCUGCUUCAAUUUCUCUGACCACUCACAUGUAGUCCAAUCGGUUCGUUGUUCAUUAUGUAUUUUACUACCAUUAGGUCCAAACACUUGAAACGUUAUGUUAUACUGCGCCUGGAACCGAAACAGAGCGGUUUCAAGUUGACCUGGUCUUCUUCCAUGGUAAUUGCAAAUCCUCUGAUUCGAAUCAAUGAAUGCUACAAUGGUGUAAAAUACUGUGCUACAAUGGUGUACCAAAUUUUUAAGCUUUCCUUUCAUAUUCAAUUGAUUCAAUUAGGUUAAGUAUCAUAAAACGCUUUAAUAUUCUU